UAUAGAAGGGGACACAAAAGCAGUCUUAGUAAAAUUAGUAGUAUAAGAUGGUUGACUAAACCGGUGCAGGAAGAGUUGGUCAAUUUUAGAGUUAAAAUUAGUAGUAAAAUUAGUAGUAUAAGAUGGUCAAUUUUAUGUUUUGUAGGGCUAAACCGGUGCAGGAAGAGUUGUAGACUAAGAUGGUUGAACUAUCUGAAACCAAAUAUCAAGAGAGGAAAACUUAGCUCUGAUGAAGUCGAUCUGCUUCUUCGCCUUCAUAGGCUUCUAGGAAACAGGUGGUCUUUGAUUGCUGGUCGAUUGCCUGGUCGGACCGCAAAUGAUGUCAAGAAUUUUUGGAACACUCAUCUGAGUAAGAAACAUGAACCGUGUUGUAAGAUUCAGAUGAAAAAGAGAAACAUUACUUCUCAUCCUACCACACCGGCCCAAAAAAUUGAUGUAUUUAAGCCACGACCUCGAUCCUUCUUAGUUAAUAACGGCUCCAGCAAUCUCAAUGGCCGGCCACAAGUUGACGUUAUUCCUUCAUGCUUUGGACUCAAUAACAAUAAGGUUUGUGAAAAUAAUAUGACAUGUAACAAAGAUAAGGAGAAAGCUGAGCAUAUCAAUCAUUUCAUUGAUGGAGAUAAUAUGUGGUUAGAGAAUUUACUAGAUGAUAGCCAUGAGGUAGAUGCCCUAGUUAGAGAAGUGACGGCAACAGAGAAAGGGGGCACCAUGGCGUUUGACGUUGAGCAACUUUGGAGUAUGUUUAAUGGAGAAUUUGAUUAGUGUUUGUGGCCAUUUGUUUACAUUUCUGUAUGGGUUUGUAAGCUUUUAGUGUGUAUUUGUCGGAAUGAACUACUAUUUAAACAAUAAAUUUUAUGUUUUGG